CUAUAGAUUAGUGUAGAUGUUUUGGACGGAAGGCUUACAAGGUAGAACACGCCUGAAGAUGACAGCGGAGAAAACACACACGCCUUUGAAUGUCAACUCUUCAGCAAUGACUGAAGAGGUUGAUGAUAAUAAACUGCAGUUGUUAAGAGGUGGUGCUUUUCUAACCACUGUGGCAACUGCUGGCAUGUUUGCUGGUUUCGGCUCCACCCUGGCAUUGGCGAAGAAGAAGAGUCCAGAAUGGUUCAACAAGGGGGUGAUGGGCUCUGCGGGGGUACCAGAGAGCGGGGCGUCGUUGGCGCUGCGCGCCCUGGGAUGGGGUUCCCUCUACGCCUGGUGUGGGGUGGGCCUUCUCAGCUUCGCCGUCUGGAAGGCCAUGGGGGUUCAUAGCUUAACGGAAUUCCGACAGAAGAUGCAGUCCUUUUUCCCUGCGAUCCCUAAAACUGAAGUUCCUGAUGCUCAGCCUGUUGACUGGGAUUCUGUCUUCCAAACCAAAUCCUAACGUCUCCUCACCUGCCUCCGGAACCUCAGUCACUUAAGGCACCGCCAAACGACGCCCUUCCAAAACUGAUUUAAAGGGUGCUGGACAGGGUUGUGUGCUCUAAUGAAUUGACCUUGUUGACUACAUAUCAAGUCAGACACGGUGACCUAUAUUUCUACUUCACCUGAAAAGACACUGCUCACUCUGGAGAGCUAUCGAAGCUUCAAGUGCGAGACGUCUCACUGCCUCCGUUGGUGACCUCAGAAAAUCGAAUUCCUGGAUCCCAUGGGCCUCCAGGGCCAUUACCGCAGUCAAAGAGAGACGGUGAGGGAUUGUGACGGCUGCCUACAGUGUGUGGAUGUUCGUCUCUCUCCAUUAUAGAUUUACUUUUACUUCACAAGGGCCAUGGUGCUGUAGUAGAGAACCAUAAGGGUUUAGGGUUUCUGU